GAUUCAAUAGAUUGGUCAAAAUUUGCAUAUGUCUUGUAUGCAACUUCAUCUUCUCAUAUGUGUAAUUCAAUGAUGAUUUUUGCAGAGUUGAGAAAAUUUAACACAAGGGCUGAAUUGGUUUUAUUAGUUAAACAAGAAUUUUUAUCAGAUCUUGAUAAUCAUAAACAUGAAUAUGAAACUUUAACAAAAUUUAGUUCUGAUUUUAACGUUGUUUUAAAACCAACACCGGUGACUCAAAUUGGUGGUGAUGAAGUUGAUAUUUGGAAAUCAAGUUUUACUAAAUUGAUGGUUUUCAAUGAAUCUGAUUAUGAUCGUAUCAUUUAUUUAGAUGCUGAUGCCAUAGUGUUGCAAGGGAACUUAGAUGAAUUGUUUUUCUUACCUCCUGUUAAAUUGGCUGUUCCAACUGCUUAUUGGUUAACAAAGAUUCAAUAUGAAAAAAUGGCAAUUGAUGAAUUCCAACUAACAAACAUUGUUAUGGUUAUCCAACCUUCAAGAGAAUUAUUUGCCAGAGUCUUGAAUGCCAUUGAAAAUAAACGUAAAAAUGAAUAUGAUAUGGAUCUUCAUUUUUCAUACUUGGCUGAUACACAUGAACAAGUAUUCGCUCACAGGCUAUUGGAAACUUCAAAUAGGGAACCAGCAUAUUAUGAAACAAAACAUAUGGAAAAACCUGGGGAAUACUUUGCUGAAAAUAUCAAAUAUUUACAUUUUUCUGAUGCACCUGUCCCUAAACCUUGG